GGUCUCACUUACUGGCUCUGGCUGCAGGCCGGCUUCUCCACAGCGUCCUUCCUCCCGUACUGAGCCAGGCCUCAAACGCUGGCCGCUCCUUCCCGCUUUCACGCGGCCUCAGGGAUGGCUCUUCAGGAUGUGUGCCAGUGGCAGACCCUCGACACCCAGGGGCCAUCCCCUCACUUGCCCGAGGCUGGUGGCUGGGCUGUGCCUCGGGGCUGCGACCCUCGAACCUUCCUGCAGAUCCACGGCCCCAGGCUGGCUCAUGGCACCACCACCCUGGCUUUUCGCUUCCGCCACGGUGUCAUCGCUGCAGCCGACACCCGCUCCUCCUGUGGCGGCUAUGUGGCGUGCCCAGCCUCACGGAAGGUCAUCCCUGUGCACCCGCACCUCCUGGGUACCACCUCUGGGACCUCGGCUGACUGUGUCACGUGGUAUCGGGUGCUCCGGCGGGAGCUGCGGCUUCGGGAGCUGAGGGAAGGUCGGCUGCCCAGUGUGGCAGGCGCAGCCAAACUCUUGUCGGCUAUGAUGUCCCGCUACCGGGGUCUGGAUCUGUGUGUGGCCACUGCCCUGUGCGGCUGGGACCACGCCGGCCCGGCCCUCUUCUAUGUGUACAGUGAUGGCACUUGUCUGCAGGGGGAUAUCUUCUCUGUGGGCUCCGGAUCUCCGUACGCCUAUGGUGUGCUCGACCGUGGCUACCGCUACGACAUGACCAUUCCGGAAGCCUACGCCCUGGCCCGCUGUGCGGUGACCCAUGCCACCCACCGUGAUGCUUAUUCAGGGGGCUCAGUGGACCUUUUCCACGUCCGAGAGACUGGCUGGGAGUAUGUGUCCCGCAGUGAUGCCUUUGUGCUGUACAUGGAGCUGCAGAAAGCCCCGGGUUUGGAGCAGGAACGGGAGCUGGAGGCAGAAGCCAGUCAAGCCCACCCUGAGCCCGCCACUCCACAAGACGCCGAAGAAGGUGGAGAAGUCUUCGUGGAGUGAGAGGAGGUGACACCAGAAGACUCCAGGAUAGAAAUGGCGAAGACCGAAGGGAUGGGAGAAAUGACAGCACUCGGGGGACCCAGACGAGGCGGUAGCCCGGGAAUGAGGCUGUGUGGCCGGCUAGUCCUGGAGCAUCCUCAUGGCCUCUGGCCUGGCCCUCGCGGUUGCAGCCUUUAUUGUUCAAGUCCCUAUCUUUUGCCUCCCAGAGCUAUUGAUGUCUCUGACCAACAUGUUCUGAUGCCCAAUGGAUGGCAUGGCCUCUAGAUUGACGCAGCCAACACUUGUUGCACUCCUACUGCGUGCCAACUGCCCUGCUAUGCGCUAGGCCCUUUUUUGUCACCCAUCCCAGUCUCUAUGCUCAUUUGGUCCUUAUCUGUCUGAGACUUUAUCUCUCUCUCCUGGUCACUUCUCAGUUUGGUCAGGCAGGGCACGGAGGAGAGAGAGAAGCCUGUCAGAAACUCUUAGAGGCCCUGAAGGCUGCAGGGCCUAGUUGGGUUAUAGUGGUGAUGGCCCUGUCUCUGCUGCCCCCCUGUCGUGACUAUAAUGACUGUAAUGAUUCCUCCUUUACUGAGUGCAGUUCUCAUGACAACCUUUGGAAGCAUAGCUCUUUAUUGAAGCUGGAUCAGGUUUAGAGUUAUGGGACUCACUGGUUAUAGCAGACACAGCACUGUUGUAGGACGUAGACAGCCCAUGCCUGGGUUCUCUGUGAAUAUUUUCCUCCUAGCCCCCAACGCCCUGCCCCCCUUUUUGGGACAAGGUUUCUCUGUGUACCCUUGGUUAUCCUGGAACUCACUCUGUAGACCAGGCUGGCCUUGAACUGAUGAGAUCCACCUGCCUCUGCCUCCUGAGUGCUGGCAUUAAAGGUGUGGCCAAUU